GCAAGGGAUAAUAGACUGCCUUUCCGCAGCAAUACGUGGUCAACUGAACAGUCCGCAACAGAGUGGACUUUCACAGAAGAUUUGGGUGUUUUGAACGCAGGGUCUUCUCUGGUUGGUUGUGAAGAUCUAAAUACACAAAGCUGUUACUGUGGCAUAAUUGACCUUUGGAUCUGAAAAGUGGCAGCAGAGUCUUACUGAAACAAGAAGCCUCCGGAACCAUCCAAAAUAUCCUAUAUACAGAGGGGAGUUCAAAUUACACCUUGAAUGCUGAUUUAUUAGAGUGAAAAGAUCCAAAGACUGACAGACUGAAAACAUUGCUCAGCAGUUCAAAAAGGGAGCAGUCAAGAAGUCAAAGACCAUGAGUUACAGCUGUGGCAAGCGACGCUAUAAACCUAAAACACGGACCAUGUAAAAUGGGGACUAUGUUUGGCAUUAUGGUCCCUGAACAGCUGUGACUGCCCUCAAAAAACAUUUUUCCCCGAACCUGUGUCUUUGUAAUCCUAUUGGCCAUACAUCUCCUGUGAUAAUUUAUUCUUAUUUUGAACCCUAACCUCUUUCGUUUCCCACCUUGAUCAAAACAAAUCCAGUUUUUACUCCAAAAUGGCCUGCAGUUUCAGCUUAACUUGUGCUUUUCCACCCUCCUUUCUUAUCCUCUCUCUUCCUAUUUUUCUCCUUCUCCAUGUACCUUCUUUUGUGAGGGGUGACUGCUGGCUAAUUGAGGGGGAUAAAGGCUAUGUGUGGCUGGCAAUCUGCAGUCAGAACCAGCCUCCAUAUGAGACAAUCCCACUGCACAUUAACAACACCGUCCAUGAUUUACGGCUGAAUGAGAACAAGCUCAAAGCAAUUUUCUUCAGCUCCCUCAGCAGAUUCACCAACCUUACCGACCUCAACCUCACCAAGAAUGAACUCUCCUACAUUGAGGACGGUGCCUUUGCGGGACAGGCCAAUCUACAGGUCUUGCAGUUGGGAUAUAACAAGCUAACCAACCUCACCGAAGGGAUGCUGCGAGGGUUGGGUCGAAUGCAGUGCCUGUAUCUGCAGCAUAACCUUAUAGAGGUAAUUGCAACCAAUGCCUUCUGGGAGUGCCCAAGCCUUAGCAGUCUCGAUCUUUCCUCUAACAAAUUAGCAAAGCUGGAUUCAUCCACCUUCACCAUUUUGGGUGGGCGGCUAAUAGUGUGUGAACUGGCUGGAAAUCCUUUCCAUUGUGGCUGUGACUUGUAUGGCUUCCUUAUCUGGCUAGAGGCAUUUGACAAUGUCACUCACACCUAUGACAGGCUCCAGUGUGAGACCCCAAAAGAACUUUUUGGUUACCCUCUCCUGAGUCCUAGAGGUAAUCAUGGAAGAAAUGCUCGUUCUAUCCUGUCAUCCAUGUGUAAAAAUGGAGUUAUUGUUAGUGGCAUAACUGCCCUGCCUCCUGACUUAGACUAUUCUGGGAUGGGGAUAGAUAUUUAUGAUCAUAUGGGACCUUCUUACCAGCCCACAGCUUCCUCAACCACAGACCCCACAUACAGCCCCACCAUUAAGUUGCAAAUGGUCUCCCUCUCUUCCGCAUCCCUCUUGGUUCAAAUACCCAAGCCCUACAGUAAGAUGUAUAUUUUAGUGCAGUACAACCACACCUAUGUGUCAGACAUCAUGAACUUAAAAAACAAGAAUGAGAUUGUCAAACUAAACAAUCUAAAUCCCCACACAAAUUAUACCUUUUGUGUUGCCUCCAUUCGCAAUUCCCAGCGGUACAAUCACACUUGUCUGUAUUUUGCAACUCGGGCUCCAGGUCCUGAUGACUUGCGAGCAACCCCUUCUACCACCACCCAUUAUAUUAUGACCAUUCUAGGCUGCCUGUUUGGGAUGGUCAUUGUGUUGGGCUUGGUGUACUACUGCUUACGUAGGCGUCGAAUGCAAGAGGAAAAGGAAAAGUCUAUUAGUGUUAAGAAAACUAUCUUAGAGAUGCGCUAUGGGCCAGAAGCAGCUGCUGCAGCAGCCAAGGAUCCUUCAGCCUUGCAGAAACUCCAUGACCAGUCCCAUCAUCAACACCACCACGGCAAGUUGUCCCAGUCAGCAUCCUCCAGCUUGGGCAUCCUUCAUAGUUCAGCUAACACCACCUCUUCUCGACUUUCUUCCCUUCCACAAGUGGAGAAGAUGGCUACAUCUUUCUCAGAGGCCAUGGCCAAUAAGGGCAACUACAUGGAUGUAAGAACAUCAGCAGGAGGAGAGGAGCGAGUAAGAGAUGGAGUUGUAACAGGGUCAGGGAAUGAAAUCACAAGGGAUGAAAAUGGAAUUAAUGGAGGAGAUGACUCUGAUGAUGAUGGCCGAGAUUCAACAUCGGAGAUCUCUACCAUUGCCAAGGAGGUGGACAAGGUAAAUCAGAUUAUCAAUAACUGCAUUGAUGCACUCAAACUAGACUCUGUAGCUGUUGUGGCAGCAGCUGCGGCCACUGCAACUACAGCGGAUAACACUGCCUCUCCACCACCUCCUAGUGUCCCUUCAUUAGCCAGGGGACUAAUUCCACUUUCCCCUACCAUCACAGAGUCAUGCCAUAUCAUGUCGUCCCCUAAAAUCCGUCCUCCACCCCCUGUUCCUCUUGUUUUGCCCCUUUCUGAGCGGCCCGGCAUCAGCGGAGGUGGGUUUCUCUCCCCUCCCUACAGGGACCCACCCCCAGCUACAGCAUCACGGCCAUUGCAGAGGCAACUCAGUGCAGAUGCUGCAGUUGUUUCUAUCAACUCUGUUAAAAAUCGCUGCAGCGUUUCUUCCGGUGGCUCUGUCAAAAAUGCUCGGGUCUUCAGUCUGGAAGUCCCAGACCCUCGAAGCACAGAGCCAUGCAAAUACCCUGAGAAAGGCAGCCCUGUUCGGUGCGGGGAGCCACUGGAGAGGUUGCCCUUAAUAGGGGUUCAUGGAGUCAGUAAUGGCAGAGGAGAUGGUGGCAGUGGGGGUGGAGGGGGAGCCGGUGGUGGCAGUGGUGGUUCAGGUGGGUGUGGUGUUGUGGUCGGAGGUGGGGGCAGCACAGCUCAGCAGCACCACUUGGAGGUGCACCCAGACUACCACUGCUCAGAGCACCGACACUCCUUCCCCGCCCUCUACUAUGAGGGUGCCACUGACUCCCCUGCCCAGAAAGUCUCCUUUCUAAAGCCUCUCACUCGCACCAAGAAGGACACUGCCUAUUCACAGCUUUCUCCCCGUCACCACAAUUACUCAGGGUAUUCCUCUAGCCCUGAGUACUCCUCUGAGAGCACUCUUAAAAUCUGGGAGCGCUUUCGACCAUACAAGAAAAGCCCCCGUGAAGAGGCCUACAUAGCCGCUGGUCAUGCUCUUCGAAAGAAAGUGCAGUUUGCAAAGGAUGAGGAUCUCCAUGACAUUCUGGACUACUGGAAGGGGGUGUCAGCACAGCAGAAACUGUGAUGCUUGUAAGAGACAUGACAGCAGGAGGAGAGGUUGUGGAGAAAAGGACAGAUGACUCUUGAGACAGCUCGGCAGACUCCAUCAGCAGGUGCUUUGGUUCCUAUAGGCCACCACAGAGACAAGUCUUCUAAAAGAGACAGAAUUAAGCAGGUGUUCCAAGCUCAUUAAGGCAUAGAUAAGCAACCAACCAGAAAUGCAGAGGAAGUGGCACAUAAAAAGGCAUCCAGUUUCAGUUUAGAAUACCUCCAUUUUACCUUGUGUACCACCUAUGUCUUAAAUUAGGAAUUAGUGGUUUUAUUUUAUAAAUGCCUGAAUAUAAUCUCAAGAGAUGAUGGUAACUGAUGCUUGUCAAGAUGAUUGUUUUACAAUGUUAAUUAAGAAGGAAAAAAGAAAUGUUGGCUGAAGCCACAGGUCAAAACAUGGAUACCCUUUUCCCUCUCAUUCCCUAAUGUUUGCUCAAGCAAAGCAUAUUCAUUGAUUUGGGACACCUACACAAAUUUUACACAGCAUGU